AUGACCACGUCAGAUGCAAUCGUAAAGUCCUUUUCUGGUCUCCAUUGCAACCAUGGCCCCAAGGACCACGCAAAGCCUAGAGGCAAGGUUCUCGAGAACACUGGCUUCUACACGCAAUCAAUGUGUGAGCUCAUAGCUUAUGCUUUGAAUCCGAGUCUCAAGCGCAAGGUCAUCCCUGCGAUGCCUGUCAUCCCCUGCACCACUGACAAUGAGCACAGGCAAAAGGAGCAAGAACUUAAGCAUGUUUCCUCCCUUGCCGGUCUUGAAGACCUUGCAGUCGCACUAGAGGGCGAUGAAAAGGCCCAUGAACUUCUCACAGAGAUAGUCGACCUGAACGCCCUAAUAUGCCAAGUCUGCGACCUUCCUAAAUCCCCAUCUAGUGCCCCCGAGGUGAAUGCCUUAGUCACAAAGCUCUUGUCCAGGGCCGAAAUGCUCGCUUCACCGCAAGCGCUAGAAGCAAUUCGCGCCGAAGCAGACGGCCUAAGAGCAGUUCCCGUAUGGGACGAGACUAAUCCUCGGGAGUACCGGGAUGUCCAGUCCGAGGCCCGCCGCACUGGAGCAAAGGUACACUUCGGCAAGCUAAUGAGCAUUGCGUCCAUUAAGUUUUGGGAGCUUGCUCAGCACCUUCAAAAGAUGAAGGGCCGUAUUGUGUACCGCGGCGAUUGCGCUAAGGGCGAAGAGGGUGCUGCCGCCGUGUACAGAGAGCUUGGGGCCAACGCUACCUCUGUACAGGGUCUUAAUGCCUGCUUGGCAUAUGGCGCACUACCCGGCAAUCAGUCCUCGGCAGCCGACGCCAUCAAUGCUUACGUUCAGGCACUCCUAAAAUCCAAGUUCCAGACUUGGAUAGAGUUGCCACCAGAACUCCGCCCUACAUGGUGGCGCGAGCGCUUCGUCCGCCGGGUCGUGCUGCUGCUAAGGGCGCUGUACGGACAUCCCGAAGCCGGUGGUCUGUGGGAGAAACAUCUUAAGGAGGUUCUUCAGGGUUUGGGGGGUUACGAGCUCCAAGAGUACCCCGGCAACUUCUGGUUGCCAGAGACUCAAUUGUUGCUUUCAACAUACGUCGACGACCUGACGUUGUCAGGACCACAAGAGCAUCACCAACCCUUCUGGGAGAAGCUCUGUUCCCUCGUUGACGUUGAACCUCCCGAGCCAGUAUAUAGGAUCCUUGGUCGCAAUCAUUAUGUCAUCAACGCACCAGCCGAGAGUUCAGAGAACGCUGCCCUAGGCGCGUUAAAAGGAGCCGUUGUUUUCGACAUGUAUGAUUACGCGCAACAGACCGUAGAUCUUUACACUGGCAUCACCGGUACAAAGAGCCUCAAAGCCGCCCAAACACCGUUCUGUCCAGAAGGAAGCCUUGUCCCUUCAGACGACGAAGUCACGGGCGAGCUCGCUCCAAAUGCUUGCAAAAUCCUCAUGAAGGCUCUGUGGCUUGGCAGGCUAGCAAGGCCUGACAUCAUCAAGCCCAUAGGAGAUCUGGCAACACGGGUUCAGUCCUGGACGCGUAACAACGACAAGCAACUCCAUCGCUUGAUCUGUUACAUCAAUUCCACCAAAACCCAUCGGUUGGUCGGAACCGUCCAGGACAACCCAGGGGAGCUGCAUCUUGCGCUCUACGUUGAUGCCGAUUUCGCUGGGGAAAAAGUGGAUGCCAAGUCCACUUCAGGGGGGUACCUUGUCCUCAAAGGUCCUAACUCCUUCUUUCCUUUGGCAUGGGUUUGCAAGCGACAGACGUCAACUUCACGAAGCACUACUGAGUCAGAGAUAGUGAGCUUAGCACACUCGCUCUUCUCCGAAGGCCUCCCGGCAUUGCAACUCUGGCAAACCCUCCUGGGCCAGGAUGGCAUAAGGCACAUCCAGCGUACCCAUAAGGUCAACCUGGGUAGCAUUGCCGAACAGCUUGACCAGGAAGACGUUGAGCUAACUUACGUUGUGGGCCUCGGCGUUUGCAAAGCGGACGUCGAGAGCUUUGAGGAAGGUCUGCUACCGACGCCUGAGCUCAAGGGCAAGGCAAGCUCCUUCCGCCCCAAGGAGAUUCUGAGAGGCGAGUACCAGCCCGAGACGAAGCACGGACUCCCCAAGGUUCGGCUCGGGGGAAGCUCUGUGCGUUGGCUGCCAAGGCUGUCUGGUGCCUAUGGCAGGUCGAUGCAGAUCUCCUUCUCCGAGAGGGUGGCAAAGGCCUCCUUGUGCCUCUCCAGCGACUCGGAGCAGGCGCUUCCGGAGACCCGAAGUCUACAAAAUGUCAGCCCAGAGGAUGAUCUUUGA